CCGUACCAAAUUUUGGGUCCGACAAGCAGUCGACUGGCAAGCGCAGGUAGUGGACAAAUACAGCUUUGGCAAUUCUUGCUGGAGCUUCUAUCAGAUAGUCGUUAUGCAGAAUCGAUCACUUGGGAGGGGACGAACGGUGAAUUUAAGCUGGUCGAUCCAGACGACGUGGCGCGACGUUGGGGCGAACGGAAGAGCAAACCGAAUAUGAAUUAUGAUAAAAUGAGCCGAGCACUGCGAUACUAUUAUGACAAAAAUAUCAUGUGUAAAGUGCAUGGAAAACGAUACGCUUACAAAUUUGAUUUCCAAGGUUCCUCGAAAAACACUAAUUUGUUUAAACGAUUUGCUUGCUUAUCAUUCGACUACUUCCGCAUGCCUUCGUCCUUCGUAAAGAGGGUCAAUGGAGAACCUUUCAAACUGAAUUUAAUUGCAACUCUUAUAUAA